AUGCAGGGAGAUUUGUCUCGCUACUUUGCGCAGCACCGGUCAAACAAGUUUUCUAACUUACUGGGCAAAGUAUAUUGCAAAGGCAACCUGCUUUUCACACCCGAUGGUACAACUUUGAUCUCGCCGGUGGGCAAUCGUGUCACAGUCUUUGAUUUGGUCAAUGACAAAUCCUACACGCUUCCCUGCUUUCACCGCCGCGAUAUUGUUCGCACCUGUCUGAAUUCCCGUGGCAAUCUUUUGCUUUCUGUGGAUGAAGAUGGCCGAUGUGUUCUUACAAACUUUCAUCGAAGGCUUGCCCUCUACCACUUCACUUUCAAACAUCCACUUUCAGCUCUAGCUUUCUCGCCCUCCGGUCGUCACUUUGCCGCUGGUGGUGCUCGUUUCAUCGAGGUGUGGCAUAUGCCAGAUGUGCCAGGUGUGGAUUCUCAAGAUGGAUUGGAGUUUGCACCCUUCAGACGCCAUCGGAUCUAUGCAGGUCAUCACGAUCAGGUGCAGCAUAUCGAAUGGUCGAAUGAUUCCCGGUUCUUCCUCAGCGCCAGUAAAGAUCUCACUGCUCGGAUAUGGAGCGCGGACCCAGAGGAGAAAUUCUCACCGACAACGUUGGCUGGCCACCGAGAGAGUCUCCUUGGCGCAUGGUUUUCGAAUGACCAGGAAGACAUAUAUACUGUCAGCCAGGACGGAGCACUUUUCCAAUGGAAUUACAUACAGAAGCCAUUCGAGAAUGGGAGUGUAGUAGCCAACGAUGAGAACGGAACGCCCCCUCAAUGGCGUAUAUCACAGCGGCAUUACUUCAUGCAAAAUGACGCAAAAGUCAUGUCUGCGGCUUUCCAUGCAGAAUGUGGUCUUCUUGUUGUAGGUUUCUCAAAUGGCCUCUUCGGCUUGUAUGAGAUGCCGGAUUGUAGCGUAAUACAUACCUUGAGUAUCUCGAAGAAUGACAUUAAUGCUGUCACCUUGAACCUUUCUGGAGAAUGGCUCGCCUUUGGGUCUUCCAAGCUUGGUCAGCUCCUCGUGUGGGAGUGGCAAUCGGAGUCAUAUAUUCUUAAGCAACAGGGCCAUUUUGAUUCCAUCACCGACCUCGCAUUCUCUCCGGAUGGCCAGCGCAUUAUUACGGCUGCAGACGACGGGAAAAUCAAGGUGUGGGACGCGCCCUCUGGUUUUUGUACAGCAACUUUCACAGAGCAUACCAGUAGUGUGACUGGCUGCGAAUUUGCAAGGAAGGGCAACGUUCUUUUCACCUCUAGCUUGGACGGAUCUGUGCGUGCUUGGGACCUGGUCAGAUACCGAAAUUUCAGAGCGUUUAGUGCCCCAACCCGUUUGUCAUUUUCAUGUCUUGCAGUGGAUCCAAGCGGCGAGGUUGUGUGCGCCGGCUCUACCGAUUCGUUUGAUAUCCACAUUUGGUCCGUUCAAACAGGGCAAUUGCUAGACCAGCUCUCUGGACAUGAAGGACCUGUUUCGUCCAUGGCAUUUGCGUCUACAAGCGAUGCACUUGUUAGUGGCAGUUGGGAUAACACAGUGCGGAUUUGGAGCAUCUUUGGUCGCACACAGACAAGCGAGUCUUUGCAGCUACCGGCUGACAUCUUAGCAGUUGCUUUUCGUCCAGAUUCGAAACAAGUUGCCGUCUCAACUCUCGAUGGUCAGCUCACCUUUUGGUCCUCUGAGGAAGGCACUCAAGAAUCUGGUAUUGAUAAUCGUCGAGAUGCCUCUGGAGGUCGCAAGCUAUCAGAUCGGCGGAUUGCUGCAAACACUGCCGGCACUAAGUCGUUUAAUUGUAUUGUAUACAGUGCAGACGGUACUUGUAUCCUUGCAGGAGGGAGAUCAAAAUACAUCUGCCUUUAUGAUGUUCAAUCAGGCACCCUGCUCAAAAAAAUAACGACAUCCGCAAAUCUCUCUCUGGACGGAACGCAGGAGUUUCUCAACAGCCGUAACCUCACUGAUGCGGGCCCAAAGAGCUUGUUAGAUGAGAAUAGAGAGGAGCCCGAUUUCGAAGAUCGCCUUGAUCGGACUCUUCCUAGAACAAUCGGGGGAACCCCCUCUUCAAAGCACUUACGACAACUUAUUCGGACGUCUGCCAUCAGCUUUUCACCCACGAGCCAAGCCUUUUGUGCAGCGACUACAGAAGGGCUUCUCAUAUACUCCCUGGACACCACGCUACAAUUUGACCCUUUUGACCUAGAAAUCGACAUUACGAUCGCUGCAGUUAUCGAGGCCGUUGAGGAGAAAGACUAUCUACGGGCACUCGUCCUAGCGUUCCGGCUGAACGAAAAGUCUCUCAUAAGGCGUGUGUACGCGGCCACACCAACCGCAAGCAUUGAUCUGGUGGCGCAGCAGCUACCAAGGGUUUAUCUAGCUCGUCUGAUGGGGUUCAUUAACGAAGCAACGGGCGAGACUCCACCCCUUGAACUUAACCUACUUUGGAUCGAAGCUAUACUAAGUUUCCACGGUGGUUACAUAAAGGGAAAUUCGUCAAUGCAUAUGACGGGGAUGAGAAGCAUAAAGAAGACGAUAGCCAAGAUUGAGGCCGAUUUGUCUAGACUAGGUGAUGAGAACGUCUAUACGCUUGAUUAUCUCCUGUCUCAGCAGUGA